CUUGCAUCGGCCAAGCAUAACCUUAAAUUUUGAGAAGAUGGGGAAAGCGGUUCGAUAAGAUUACAGUCGAGAGCAUACCAUCAUCUAUCGGGUCAUCUUUCGAGAAAGCGGAAUGCCGUCCGAUUCAACUUCACAAACAAGCUUCUUGAUCGUAGGAGCGGGAAUAUAUGGAUCUUCAACAGCUCUAACAUUGGCAAGAUUGGGUUACAAGGAUGUUGUGGUUUUAGAUCGAUCUGAAGAUGGUUUUGCUGCUUCUGAUGCUGCAUCGAAUGAUCUCAACAAGGUGAUCAGAGCUGAUUACUCUGAUGAAUCUUAUUGUCGGCUAGGAAAACAAGCAAUAUCUUCUUGGCGUACAGAUGAUGUAUUUUCACCAUUUUAUCACGAAACAGGCGUGGUAUUCAGAAGUGGUGAUGGGGAGAACGCAUUCAGUGAAAAGUACGAGAAACAUUGCCAGAGAGGAGUAGAAAGAGCAAGUAAGACGCAAGAUGCAUCUGUAGAAAAGACUUUGGAGGGCAAACAAAUGCCACGCAAUGCAUUCUUGUUAAACGAUCAAGACGAUCUAUUGAGCGCUUUUCCAACGGCCAUGCACAACCAACUAGGAGAAGGCUUUCAAGGUUUUGGGAAACACCAGUACGGAUAUGCAAACCCACGAGGAGGAUGGGCAGAAGCGAAUAAUGCAACAAGAGCAGCUUUACGAGAAGCUGUCCGGAUAGGUGGUGUUAACGUGGUUAGCAAGGCAACCGUCACAGAGUUGCUCUUCGAAGGAAGUGACGGACAAGGGAAGAACAUAGUGACUGGAGUACGUACACAUGACGGUCGCUCGUUCCAUGCUGACCAUAUUGUCCUAGCAGCCGGAUCAUGGUCACGCUUAUUGAUCAGUAAACUCUUACCUCAAUCAAACACAAACAUCAUCUCUCCUGCUUUUCCAUCUGCACAAUGUGUUUUGACAAUCCAACUCACGCCUGUAGAGAGUGCUCCUUUCCGUGGUACACCUGUUGUAGUGAACCUGGACAACGGAUUCUACAUCUUUGAACCAAAUGCAGAUAAUAUACUCAAAUGUGCGAUUCAUGGAGAUGAAGGGUUUGCUAACCCUGCCCCGACUUACGAUGAUUGCAAAGGCAGACCUUACCCUUCUUUUAAUCACGGCAUGCAAGCGAGCUUCAACGGUGACCGACAGCCUUCACAGCUAUCGAAAGGAUCUGCUAAAACAUUCAUUCCAGAAGAUAAAGUUGAUCAAAUGAUGUCAGAAUUAAUUCGAUUAUAUCCACAUAUCGCAAAAGUGGAUAGACAACGCAUUUCUUCACGUAUCUGUUGGUAUUCGGAUACGCACGAUGAAAAUUGGUUGAUUGAUGAACAUCCAGAAGUGUCGGGAUUGUUGGUCGUUGGAGGUGAUUCGGGUCAUGCGUUCAAAUUUUUACCGAUCAUCGGACGUUUAAUUCUAGCAAGGCUUGGGAUACCGGAAGUUGAACCGCUUACCGAACAUCAAAAAAGGGUAUUCUCAUAUGCACAUCAUACAAGCUUGACCGAAAAGGUCAACAGAGGAGAGCAUGUAGAGAGUGCAGAUAGCGGUCGUUCUUCCGGUCCUGUUCCGGUCAAGUAGGGUACACA